CUUCACUUCCUGUCCUCCACCUCGAAAAACAGACUUGAUAACCAUGAAGACCCUCAUCCUUGCCUUCCUGGUGGCUCUCGCUCUUGCAAGAGAGAAGGAGCUCACUGAGUCUGUGGAAAGCCUUUCAAGCAGUGAGGAAACAAUUACACACGUCAACAAGCAGAAACUUGAGAAUUUCAAGCGUCAGGAACAGCAGCAAAGAGAGGAUGAACGCCAGAAUAAAAUCCACCCCCUUUCCCAACAACAGCCUCUAAUCUAUCCUUAUGCUGAUCUCAUCCCUUACGCUGUCCUUCCACAGAAUGUCCUGCCUCUUGCUCAGCCUGCUGUGGUGAUGCCUUUCCCUCAGCCUGAAAUAAUGGAAGUCCCCAAAGUUAAGGAGAACAUCGUUCAUAGGCGCAAAGUGAUGCCCUUUCUUAAAUCUCCAGUAGUGCCCUUUUUGAACAGCCCAAUCCAGACUCUUCCUGAUCUUGAAAAUCUGUACUUUCCUCAGCCUCAGCCUCAGCCUCAGCCUCAGCCUCAGCCUCUGUCUCUGCCCCUGUCUCUGCCUCUGCUCCAGGCCCUGAUGCACCAGAUCCCCCAGCCUCUUCCUCAGACUCCCAUGCUUACUCCUCAGCCACUGCUGUCCAUUCCACAGUCCAAAGUCCUGCCUUUUCCCCAGCAAGUGAUACCCUACCCCCAGAGGGACAUGGCCCUACAAGCCUUUCUGCUGUUCCAGGAGCCUCCCCAUGGGGCCCAUCCUGUGACUCAACCGAUUGCCCCAGUUUACAACUUUGCUCUUGUUUAAGAGAAUUUCAAAGCUAAUGUCCCCUCCUCACUUUUGAAUUGACUGCGACUGGAAAUGUGGCAUCUUUUCACUUGGCAUCCUGAUAGCAAAAAUUAAUAACUUUUAAAUGAAUCUACAUGGAAAAAAUGAGAGUUUUUUCCUUUAUUUACUUUAUGUAUUAUAUGGCAUUCAUCUUAAUCUGAAUUUGAUUCACAAACUCUACAUUUUCCAAAUUUUAAUUCAACAAUACCAUAGAAAUUUAAUUUUGAGUCGGAAAUACCCUAAACAUGGGAAAAAUAUGUAUAGUUUCUGGAAUUGUGUUUGUUAUUAUUUAUCUAUUUCCUAACCAGUCAUUUCAAUAAA